GCUGGAAAAUUUCAGUUGUGAAACAGUGUUCAAAUCCGUUCCUCGCAAAUGUCCAAUUGGCGGGACUUUUUGCUCAAUGGGUGCAUCAUUGCUGCUGUUGUUUUAAUAUCAAUUCUAGUUUAUUUUUACAGCAAAGGUGAUUGCCCCAUCGGCACAAUGUCAUGUAGUUCUGGAGGACUUUGUGUCCCACAUGGCAAGAUUUGCAAUGAACACAAUGAUUGUCCUGACGGCGAAGAUGAAAACCCUGUGCUAUGCUCGGAUCUAACUGGAAGCACUAAUCUUUUAGAUGAAAUUUUAAAUCGUAGUUUAAUAGAAAAUGCCGCGAUCACUUACAAAGAAUGUGAUAUUAAAAACCAUCCACUAGUUUGUCGAUGCGCCUAUAAAUCCAAAGUUUAUUGUAAUCACGCUCAGUUUAAAGAUAUUCCUCAGGAUAUAUCCAAAGGAGUAACAUACUUAGGUCUUCAAAAUAAUAGUAUUAGAACACUGAAAAAAGAUUCGUUGAAUGUGUAUAAUCUAACAUUAUUACAAUUGGAAAACAACGAAUUACAUUGCAUAGAACCAGGAGCUUUCGAACAGCAAAAUUAUCUCAAGAAGCUUUUUUUAAUGAACAAUGAAUUAUCCGUUCUCAAACCUGGAGUCUUCACUGGACUGACUAGCUUAGAAUGGCUACACAUGGACAACAACAAAUUGAAGACAAUUUAUUUCAGUAAUUUCGAGAUACUCAUAGAGUUGAAAUGGCUGAACAUGUCGCAUAAUGAAUUAACAUUUGACGACCAGGAGUCCUUUCCAUUUUUGCCGAAAUUACUGGAGCUCUAUUUAAAUAAUAACAAACUAAGGUUUAUAGCCAAUGACACAUUCAGCAACCUAACCGGUCUCGACUUAUUAAAUUUGAGAUCCAACUCCAUAAGGGCUGUGGAUAUUGGGGCAUUUGCUAAUUUAAAGCAACUAAAAGAAUUGGACUUGAGUAAUAAUUUUCUGCGAUCUUUACACCAUUGUUUAUUCAUCUCUCAAGGCGCCCUAGGCAAACUGUCAAUUGGAAAUAAUCCAAUCUCGGUCCUACACAAAGACCUUUUCAUCAACCUGCAAAAUCUUCUGUCAUUACAUUUGGAAGAGAUCGACAUUACAAACAUCCAUACAGAUAUAUUUGCUAGUUUGACCAAUUUGCAAUGGAUAUAUUUUAAAACGUAUAAAUAUUGUACUUAUGUUCCGACAGUGCCUAGAUGCAGACCUCUAUCAGAUGGAAUUUCAUCCAUCAAUCAGCUGCUUUUUAAACCUAUAUUUAGGUAUUCUAAUUGGAUAAUGUGUAUUAUUACUAUCGGCGGUAACAGUCUUGUUUUAUUUGGGCGAUUUUUGUUUCGAGAUGAAAAUAAAAAUCUCAGCGUUGUCAUAAAAAACCUGGCAGUAAGUGAUGGCCUAAUGGGGAUAUACCUGCUUAUAAUUGCUUAUCAUGACCUAAAGUAUCGAGACAAUUACAACGAAAUAGCCAGGAAAUGGAUGUCUUCAUGGAACUGUGUGAUUACUGGAAUAAUUGGAAUGACAUCCCUAGAAGUAUCAGUGAUGAUUCUGGUUUUCUUGUCAGUUGAUCGAUACUUUGUAAUCACGAUGCCAUAUAAGAAAUAUGGUUCAUUAACUCUAAAAGAGACCUGGAGAGUUAUUUUGUGCAUCUGGUGUUUUGGAAUUUGCAUCUCGGUUAUACCAGCAUUAGGACUUCUGUCAAGUACGAAAUUUUACGGAGUAAAUGGUCUUUGUCUUCCGCUUUAUAUUGAUGAACCCUAUUUAAUUGGUUGGGAAUACUCAGCAAUAAUAUUUUUCGGGAUCAAUGCUCCUAGUUUACUAAUAAUAAUUUAUACAUACGGAGGGAUGUUCAUAAAUAUCAAGAACACUAGGAACGCAACAUCAAUGCCCAUGAAUGACUGCCAAUUUGCCAUAAGAUUUUUCUUCAUAGUUUUAGCUAAUAUAGCCUGCUGGGUACCAAUAAUUACCGCUAAAAUGCUUGUGUACCUGAAAGUAGACAUAUCUGGUGAUUUUUAUGCUUGGCUAGUGGUUUUCGUGUUACCAAUAAAUUCUUCCCUGAACCCCAUCCUAUAUACCUUUACCACCCGCAAAUAUAGGAGAAGAAUUCUCAAAGUGCCAAGUUGCUUGAAGAAAUUUACAACUGUUAACAAUCUUACUGAAACACAUUUACCCGGAGCGAUUUUCAAAAUCACUCAAAAAGAUAUUAAAACAGUGAAUAAUUAGAUGGUCAAUAUUUAAAUUUUAGAUUCAACAAUUUAAGCUUAAUUAUAUUAAGAUACACUUUGGAUCAAUUCUUGUGAGAUUAAUUUAAACUACUGUAUUUUUAAAACGAAUUAUUUUUAAUCGUAGCACGAAAUUUAAAAGGUUACAAUAUUUACUACCGUUGUACUUUGAGGCGAGAUUACAAUGAAACAAUCAUUAGUUUAUUCUUAGACUUAAAUAAUAAACUUAAGCUAUGAAAACUUACUACAAUUUUAUUGAAUAUUCUAUAUUUUGCGUUUUU